AAUAAAAUUGCAACACAGGAAAUGUCAAAUAUAUUGUUGUCUCUAUCCCACAUUCAUUCAACUUCAUUCUAUCAAAAAGGAGGAAACCGAUUGGAGAAUAUAUCUAAAAUGACUUCUACAUCCUUUAACGUUGGUCUUGGCGACGGAUCCCGUUCGUCCAGCAGAGUGCUUCGCCCCCCUGGUGGCGGUCACACGGACAUCUUUGGUGGGGAGCCCGAACCUACCCGAGGCCGCCGACCCGCGCCUUCUGCUGCAGCUAGUCUAAUCCAAGGUCAAGGUGACGAGCCAGCGAAGCCAACAAACGGCGCAAUAACCCCUAGCCAAAACGGUCAAGCGAGCGAACCCCACGAAGCCCCAGCACCACCCGCUCCAGUUCCAGAGACAGCACAAGCCGCCCCAGUACCCCAAGCUGCCUCAACACCGCAAGCUGCUCCAACACCCACAACACCCCCUGAGCCCAAAUCUAUGAGCCCCAAAGCGGUCACACCCACGGAACCCAGAUGCGAGGCACCUAAGCGCGUCCGUGUGCCUCCUGGUGGAUUUUCUUCUGGACUUUGGUAAAACCAGUAAAAGCAGCUCCUGCCUAUUGUUAAGAAUCUAUGGGACCAGGAUUUUAUUGAGAGUUGAUUGAUUUUUGGUUAUGCAUUAAUAUGUCUACAGAAAGAUUGGCAUAUUUCUUUAAUAUAUAUACCUGACAUUCUAUUUAUGAAAAAAAACCUUAAUUAUUAUCGCUUAAUAAUUUAAACAUUCAAUGUUUAAAGUAAAUAAUUUAAAAAUUGAAUAUUUAAAUUAUUAUUUUUUAUAAACUGAAUCAUGUAUCUGUAAUGAGUCCGUAUAAAACAUUAACCUCGAUCUAUACAAGCAUAGAGAGAUGGAUAUUUUUACAGAUAAUCUAGUCUAUGGCAUUGAUUUAGUUUAAAAAAAAUAAUCACAAUAUGAGGCAGACACGAAAUUAUUUAAGCAUUCGUCUUGUUUUGUAAUUAAAAAAAAAAAACUUUCGAUCAUGAAGUUAGUCUGUAAAUUGUUGGGUAGAUGUAUUUAUCUGUACACAUAUUAAUGUAGAUGAAUGUUGUGAACUGGUCCCUCACUUAGACUCUUAGCUGGGUUUGCUUGAUCCAGUCAAAGAUGGUACUUGUUUUAAUCCCUCGCAAAGGUAUUUUAUUUACUCAAUGUAUUUCUUCAGUAUAUCGGAUUAUUUACGCAUUUUAUUUUAUUUUUUUAAAUGGAGAAUGAUAUUUUUUAACGUAACUGGUACUCUCUCAUGGUUUAGCUUUUGUGUCAAAGUGGCAAGUCUUGCUAGCCAAAUAUAUAUAUAGACUUAAAAUCUAUGGUCACAAAUUGGUAGGUUUUAGAAUUUCACUAGAUAGGCUUUGGAGAUUUGAUCGUGUUGUUUGGUUAAAAUUCUGGCAUAUGAUGACGUUAGAUAUGUUCCUUUUAGUAGUGACGAUGUCAGGGAAGCUUUGGUUUGGCUUCAGCCACGGAGCUGUGACACAGGAAAUAUGUAAUAUUGUUUUAUUGAUGUGAUUGCAUAGUGCUAUUGAAUACUCUUUGUUGAAAGAGCAGCCUUAUUGUUGGCACUAAUACCGAUUUGAUCGAAUAUGCUUAUGUUACUAAAAGGAAUAUCUUUAUUCGGCUUUAAAAUUAAGUUAUGUAGCAUUUUUAUACUGUGUUGGACUCAGACUGACAUGUGCCUCAAAUUGUACUUAAAAAAAUGAUUGGUAGCAAUGUCGCCGUAGCGUUUUUUAUUAUUAAACAUAGGUUUUGUAUGCCUUCGCUGGCAAAUGCGAUUAUGUAUAUUAAUAAUGAUAAUUGUAUUUUUAUAUGAAUUAAAAUGCAAUAAAAAUGUA